AACAUCCAAGAUCUUCACUGAACCAUCAUAUCUUCUCAGAAACUGUGGUUUGAACUUUUUUCCUACUGCUUAUACUAAUUGUUUUCAUCUAUGGCUGCAACGACAGGGACCCAUGGUCAAGGGGAGCAGAUACCGCCUGGAAAACCCAUGUCAACGGAGCAACACAUGCUGGAUAAAGGUGCUCAGAUGCUGCAGUCUUUGACUCCAAUCAAACAAAUGAACCAGCAUGUUUGCACUUUUGCGCUUUACAACCAUGACAUGAAUCGCCAAAUUGAAACUCACCAUUAUGUCACUCGUCUCAAUCAAGAUUUUCUCCAAUGUGCUGUUUACGACUCUGAUCAUUCCACCGCCCGCCUAAUCGGGGUGGAGUAUAUAGUAUCUGAUCGUAUCUUCGAAACCUUGCCUGAAGAAGAGCAAAAGCUUUGGCAUUCUCAUGCUUAUGAGAUAAAAUCAGGACUAUGGGUGAAUCCUAGAGCUCCAGAAAUGGUGGUAAAGCGUGAACUUGAGAAUAUUGCUAAGACGUAUGGCAAAUUCUGGUGCACUUGGCAAACAGAUAGAGGUGAUAAGCUACCAAUUGGGGCACCAGCACUGAUGAUGUCGCCGCAGGCAGUGAAUUUGGGGAUGAUUAAGCCAGAACUAAUCCAGAGAAGAGAUGACAAGUACAAUAUAUCGACUGAUGCCAUGAAGAGCUCGAGGCUGGAGAUAACUGAACCCGAGUGGCUUAAUCCUCAGGCAGAUUAUUGGAAACAGCACGGCAAGUGUUUUGUGAUCGAUGCGGAGGAUGUAGAGAUGAAGAAGAGAGCCCCUUUCCCAUGAGAGCUAGUAGAGGAUCAGUUAGAGACUCGUCAUAUAUAUAUAUAUAGUCUACUUUUGUAUUUUCCUGUACAUGUAAAAUAACUAACUGUGAAAUGUUUGUCUUUUAUCUAUGAACUUUUUUUAGGUGGCUAUUAACUUCGUUAUAUA